AUGUUAGUUUCAGACCCACAACACUUGUUUUUGGAAACGGAUUGACAGCCACAUAUUGGACACAUUUUCCCCUCAAACUCCUGGGAACCUUGCUGGACAGUUACUCAUUUGCUGAUGUUGAAAGCAAUAAUGUUGUUGGUUUAUGUACUCCAGCUAAUGAGAAGCUUUGAAGGUUUAUCGGGAGCAGAACAUGAGACGCUGUGUGGCUCUGAUGUCUGCUUCACACUGAAUAUGGACAGGGUCAACUUUGAAAUGGCUAAGCAGAGCUGUGUCCACAACGGAGGUUAUCUGAUGACCGUCAGAGACAAAGAAGAAGAAGACAUGCUGCGCUCACUCCUCUUACAGGUCGAAAGACAUCAGGACAGGAUACCUACAUUUUGGAUUGGAUUAAAACUGCACAGAGGGGACUGUGUGUUGGCAGAUAAGACUCUCAAAGGGUUUAAGUGGAUAUCUGGGAAGGAAAAGUCCCACUACUCUAACUGGGAAAGAGAACCUGUUAGCACAUGCACAGAGGAAAGAUGUGUAAGCAUUCAUUACUCUUCAUUAGGUCAAAAACAUUUGAAAUGGACUGAUGGAUCUUGCAGAAGCCCUGCCUUUUAUGUGUGUAAGUUUUAUUUUAGGGGAAUGUGUAAACCUUUGGAUGCGGGGCUUGGACAAAUCACCUACACAGCACCCUUCUCAACUGAGCCACAAAGAAGUGAAAUGCAGUUACUUCCACUUGGAACAUAUGCUGAAAUUAAAUGCAGUGACCAACAGUCUCACAUCUCCAUGUGCAAAGACCAGAUAUAUGGUUGGACAGUCCCUGGUCCAUUUUGCAAAACCGGAAAGCGAAAUUGCAUGAUCAACAAUGGUGAAUGUGAACAUUUGUGCCGUCAGGAUGCAGGUGAGGUUCAAUGCAGUUGUAAAGAAGGUUACAACCUGGACAAAGACGGACUUACUUGCAGCAUGAAAGACCUGUGUAGCGUUGACACCUGUGAGCAUCACUGUGUAAUGGGGGAGUCUGGAUAUUCUUGCAAAUGUCAAGAUGGCUUUAUAGUAAAUGUAAACCAGCACAACUGCUCUGACAUUGAUGAGUGCCAGUCACAGAUCUGUGAGCACCAUGUCUGCAUAAAUAGUCCUGGCAGUUACACCUGUCUGUGUAAAGAGGGUUACAAAAUGGUUCAGGGCUUCCACAUGGAGACCAAUGGAUCUACUUGUGUUCCAGACAUAACGAAGACAUCAACUGCUUCAUCAGGUAACCAAACUGUAACAAAGGAACACUUCACAGAUGUUUUAACCAGUCCCACAGAUGAACCCCAAGACCAGUACCACCACACUAACACACCUAUUUCAGGCCUUGUCAAUGUCACAUACAGUGAUCAGCAGAGCAACACAUCCUUAGUGACAAGUUUAUCUAAGACAGUUUAUUCCAGGGUGAUCAUUUGUGUCCUUGGUUCACUCAUUCCUUUGCUUCUUUUGGUCGCAAUGACUGUAGCUAUUGCAAUUUUUAGAUGCAGUCACUCGCAAAAAGAAGCCAAGAAAAAUACAACUACAGAUGGCUAUUGUUGGGUAUCCUCUGGUUUUGAUCCACGUUUAGAGAAACUGUAUGAGUCUAUUCAGACUGAUGACCUAUGACAUGUUUAUGAUGAAAAAGACUAUUGUCAUAAUGUUAUAUGUUUAUUUAUGCUGUUAUUGCAAUCUCUAGUAAGGCUGUGUUGUACAGACAUAACAUAAAAAAAGUUUUUUUUACAUGUCUAACAGGGAAAAAUGCACAGGAAAUGUAUAUUUCAGAGACACAGCAGAUCAAAUGGUUAAAAAAUACAAGUCUUGAUUGUAUGGGUCUAAUUCUCUAAAUGUCAGAUGUUUCCAAAGGUUUUUGACAUAUUCUUAUUUAAAAGUCUUUAGGUCUGCUUACUUUCUCACAACUUCAUCAGACAGAAGGGGUUAUGGUUCAAUGUUUUUGAAAGUGACCAGUUAAAUAAAAGCACAAGUUAAGUUGUUUUUGUAACAUAACAAUGAGUAAGGUCUUUUACCUGCUUUUUGUAAAAUAAC